AUGGAGCAGUUUGAGUGUGACUUCUACCAAACAGACUACAAUUUAGAAGACGCUGCUCAAGGUUCUUCUAUACCUGGGGCAUGUAGCCAGUAUGGUGAAAAUGUUUACAGAUCAAGAAAGGGAGAAUAUCUCCAAUCAGGAAUGAUGUCUUCUUUGGAUCAGCAAGGUUAUAUUUGUGAAGAACCACCAUAUGCUACAUCAAAUCCACUGAAUGCUAGAUCGUAUAUUUUUCAGCCCAGUGACAACUUCGAAGAUGAACCUCCUUUGUUAGAAGAACUGGGAAUCAACUUUAAUCACAUUUGGCAGAAAACGUUAACAGUGCUGAAACCAUGGAAGCCAGCAGAUGGCAGCAUAAUGAAUGAAACAGACCUGACAGGACCCUUGAUGUUUUCUUUUGCACUUGGCUCUGCGCUUCUGUUGGCAGGAAAGAUUCAUUUUGGCUACAUGUACACAAUGAGUAUAUUUGGUUGCCUGGGAAUUCAUGCGUUAUUAAACCUGAUGAGUAUCACAGGUGUCUCACACGGAUGUGUUGCCAGUGUCUUGGGUUACUGCCUUCUGCCUAUGGUAAUACUGUCCUGCUUUGCCAUCAUAUUUUCUCUCCAGGGAAUUGCUGGGACCAUCUUGGCAACAGCUAUAAUAGGUUGGUGCAGCUUCUCAGCCUCAAAAAUCUUCAUCUCUACACUGGCAAUGGAAGGACAGCAGCUUCUUAUAGCCUAUCCAUGUGCAUUGCUUUAUGGAUUAUUUGCAUUAUUAACUGUGUUCUGA